AUGGGAAAGGCACUGCAAAAUAACAUAUUCAGAACUUCCUUCUUGUUCCAUUCUUGUUUUUUUCUGCUCACUGUCAUGGCUAGAAAGAAGGUCGACCUUACUUUCAUAACCAAAGCCUCAAAGAGGAAGGCAACGUUCAAGAAAAGGAAAAAUGGUCUGAUAAAAAAGAUUGGUGAAAUCAGCAUCCUUUGUGGGAUUCAAGCAUGUGCUAUAAUCUACACACCGGAUGAGCCUGAUCAGCCAGAGGUUUGGCCAUCCGAGGAGGGUGUUGAGAGUGCUGUUUCCAGGUUCAGGAGUGUGUCUGAACUGGAGCAAAGCAAGAAAAUGUUCUGUCAGGAAAGCUUCUUGAGGCAAAGAAUCGUGAAAGUCCAAGAGCAGCUGAAGAAAGCGAGGAAUGAGAACAGGAAGAAAGAGAUUGGCCAUCUCAUUUCUCAAUACCUCACUGUUGGAAACAACCUUGAGAGUACCAACCUCAUUGAUCUGAAUGAUAUCUCAUUCUUGGCUGAUCAAUGCUUGGAGGACAUCACAAAGAAAAUCACUGUGCGCAAAGCCCAAAUGCUGAUUCCAGAAAAUGGAGGAGAAACCGUGACUCAAGGAGCGCAAGCACAAGUGAAUCAUGUCCAAGGGCCUUACACCAGUGUGGAUGCCAUGCAAACUCUGAAUUGGUCUACUGACAUCAUCAAUGGUGAUGGUGCGAAUGAGAUGUUAGCAUUGGAAGAUGUUAAUGUCCAAAGUGUUAUGGAAGAUCUCAGUGAUGAGAUGAACAGAGACUCAAGGCUGCAACUUUUUCCUCACCGAACUAGAAGAACGCUGGGCUUAGUACUUCCACACCCCUUCCUUCACGCUUCUAUCACAAGUACGCCGCUUUCCCUUUCGCAGCGCACACUUACAAAUAACCUUCUCAAAAAGUUCUUUGCUGCUAAACCACGCUCUCUCGUACUUCAUUCUCACUUUCUUCACAAUAAUAAGUGGAAGAAGCAACCUUUGAUAAUGGGAAUGAAGGGUGCUUCCGACGACGACCACGUGGUUCUCAAGUCCCCAAACGACCGUCGUUUAUACCGCCUCCUCCAUCUCCCCAAUGGGCUCCGCGCUCUGCUCGUUCACGAUCCCGAGAUUUAUCCAGAGGGGCCUCCCAAGCAUGCUCCAAAUGAGGAUGAGGUUGAGGAGGAAGAAGAAGAAGAAGAUGAGGAUGAUGGAGAAGGAGAAGAAGAAUAUGAUGAUGAUGAUGAGGAGGAGGAAGCUGAUGAUGAGGGUGAUGGUGAAAAGGAUGGGGUCAAGGGUGGCGGUGGGGCUACUGCGCAGAGCAAAAGGAUGGGAUCUGGAUUCUGUGUGGAAAUGUGGGGAUUGGGGAACGGUUAUGCUAUAUGUGAUUUGGCUGCAGCAGCUAUGUGUGUAGGAAUGGGCAGCUUCUCUGAUCCGAAUCAAGCUCAGGGACUAGCACACUUUUUAGAACACAUGCUCUUCAUGGGGAGUGAUGAAUUUCCAGAUGAAAAUGAGUUGUGUAAGCAAUCUGGCAUUCUUUCACUGAAUGCCACAUUGACCCAGGGAGGUCUGUCUUCUAAGUAUGAUAGCUAUUUGUCCAAGCAUGGUGGUUCUUCAAAUGCAUACACAGAAACUGAAUACACCUGCUACCAUUUUGAAGUGAAGCGAGAGUUUCUGAAGGGUGCCUUGAAAAGAUUUUCUCAGUUCUUUAUUUCACCUCUUGUAAAGAUGGAGGCAAUGGAGCGAGAAGUACUUGCAGUAGACUCAGAAUUCAACCAGGUUUUACAAAGUGAUGCUUGCCGUCUUCAACAACUUCAGUGCCAUACUUCUGCUCACAAUCAUCCUUUAAAUAGAUUCUUUUGGGGGAAUAAAAAGAGCUUGGUUGAUGCAAUGGUGAAGGGUAUUGAUUUGCGGGAGCAAAUAUUGAAAUUAUAUGGUGAUUAUUACCAUGGUGGAUUGAUGAAGCUUGUUGUUAUUGGUGGAGAGUCUCUGGAUGUGCUUGAGAGUUGGGUUGUGGAACUGUUUGGUGCUGUCAAAAAAGGUCAAGCAAACCCAGUGUUCUCAGUGGAAGGUCCCAUCUGGAAAACUGGUAAAGUUUAUUGGCUUGAAGCUGUGAAAGAUGUCCAUAUCCUCGACUUAUCAUGGACACUGCCCUGUCUACACAAAGAGUAUUUAAAGAAGCCAGAGGAUUAUUUAGCUCAUCUCCUUGGGCAUGAGGGCAGAGGAAGCUUGCUCUCCUUUCUCAAGACCAAAGGAUGGGCUACUUCUCUAUCUGCAGGUGUUGGGGAUGAAGGGAUUUAUCGGUCAUCUAUAGCGUAUGUCUUUGUCAUGUCCAUACACCUCACUGACUCUGGUAUAGAAAAGAUCUUUGAUAUCAUUGGCUUUGUCUAUCAAUACCUAAAGUUGUUGCGUCAAGAUUCACCACAAGAAUGGAUAUUUAAGGAACUUCAGAAUAUUGGAAACAUGGAUUUCAGAUUUGUGGAAGAGCAACCUCAAGAUGAUUAUGCUGCUGAGCUUGCAGGUUCCUAA